UAAACUGUCUCAAUCAAUUGUGAACCAGAAAGAGACAGAGAAGGAGAGGAGAGAAAGUAGAGCUGGAUUUUUUCCAUUCAUCAACCUUCUGAUGUGCAUCAUAUAACUUUCACUUCAAAUUACAGAGACGCUGCUCCUGUGCUAUCGUCUUAUAGGUCGUGGAACAUGUUUGGAUACAUGAACAGACGUAUCCAUGACUAUUUGGUGGAGCGAAAAAGAUGCAGGGCCAGACUCGUUACCAAAGAUGGUCGCUGCAACAUUGAAUACGGAAACGUCAAGUACAGCAACCAGUUAUACUUCCUGGCGGACUUCUGGACCACCUUUGUGGAGAUCCGGUGGCGUUUUGUCCUCUUCCUCUUCAGCGCCUCCUUUACCCUCAGCUGGUUCUUUUUUGGCCUACUGUGGUAUUGGAUUGCGCGCAGCAAUGGAGACCUGACAUGGCAAAACCCAACAUCAGACCACAUUCCAUGUGUUGAUAAUGUGGGAGGACUCACCACAGCGUUCCUUUACUCCCUUGAAACCCAGACAACUAUUGGGUAUGGUGGCCGAGCGCUCACCCCUCACUGCCCAGGUGCUGUGGCCCUUAUCAUCAUCCAGUCCCUCCUCGGAGCUAUUAUCAACUGCUUCAUGUGUGGAGUCAUCCUGUCCAAAAUCUCUUUGCCCAAAAAGAGGGCAAAGACCAUCUCAUUCAGUAACAUGGCUGUCAUCAGCUCCAAAAAUGGCACCCUUUCCCUGUCAAUCAGAGUGGCCAACCUGCGUAAGACCCUGAUGAUUGGAAGCCAGAUCUAUGGCAAGCUGCUGAGGACAACACACAGACCCGAUGGGGAGACAAUCAUUAUGGACCAGGUGAACAUUGACUUCAUUGUGGAUGCCGGGAAGGACAACCUCUUCUUCGUGUGUCCUCUCACGCUCUACCACACCAUCGACAAGAGAAGCCCCUUCUUCGAGAUGGCCGUGGAUACGCUCCACAAACAAGAGUUUGAGCUAGUCGUCUUCCUAGACUGCACCGCAGAGUCCACCAGCUCUGCCUGCCAAGUCCGGACCUCCUUUAUUCCUCAGGAGAUCAUGUGGGGCUACAACUUCUUGCCCAUCAUUUCCAGAAGCAAGGAAGGCAAGUACAGAGUAGAUUUCUCCAACUUCUCCAAGGUGAUGCCAGUGGCUACGGCACACUGUGCCUACUGCUUCCACAACAUCAAGGGUCAUCAUCAUCACUCCAGAGAUGGACAUGACAACCAGGGCUUUGAGGUGAUUGAAAUCAAUGACACACCCAAUGUCACCAUGAUGUGAGAUCAUGGACACACAGUAAUGAACAGUAGAAACUGAGACAAGUAGAGGCUUAUACCUCUCAUUGAUGAAAUCCUAAAAUCUCAAAAAGACAAAGAGGUGCUGGAGGCAGGUAGGGUUACCCAAUGUCAGGCAGCACAUUGUGUAGCAUUUAAAUAUGAAGUAAAGAAAACCCACUUAUUUGUUAUUCUAUUGUGUUGAACUCAGAUAAGAAUGCGGUCUGUGGGCAAGAACACUUAUUGUGAACCAUUUGUAUGUAAAACCACACCUGCCACUGUCUGCUGACAAAAAAACCUGUUUUCAAAAGGGAGACCAGGUCAGGCAAGACAGAGAGGCUACGAUUCAGCAACAGGAACAGAACGUUUUCCCAAUUACUCUCACAUGGAUUGAACAUAUGUGCUCUCACUUUAAAUGAAGAUGAGUGGCUGUAAUUGACUUAUGGCCUUGCACAUCAGGUUUGCCGAGCAUGGAGAGACAGAAAAAUGAAUCAAAUCUGUUAUCCUGUAUAUAAAUCUUACUAUUACUUGAAGGACCACUUUUGAGGGCCAUGCUUUUAUCAUAUGUGAGAAAAAGAUUAAGUGGCUUGUUCAAUAAUUCAUGCUACUUUAGGCUGCUGUACACAAAGAGACACUUGGACUUGAACCAUUACAGUAUGCUUAACUAUUCAGACACUGAGGCACUAGCAAAGGGUGGGGCUCAGGGGCCGCUCUUUUCAAACAGUGGGUGAUGUAGUUGUGGUUUUCUCCUUGAGAGAAACAUUGUGAGAGAACAAAUAUUUCAGGAAACACUUAUGCCUACAUGCAGCACUGAAUAGUAUGAUAAUCAAGUGUCUUUGUUCGGUCUUGUAUUUGAUCUCAGGGGGAAAAUACACUGAAAUAAAGGCUAUUUUUGCAUUGAAAAUGUCUGUGUCAUCAUAUUAUUCUGUACCUAACCGAGCCUGAAUGUUAUAUAUGGACUGUGAUCAAAAAGGUCAAAGCAGCGUGAUGACAAGUGCCAACCCCUAUCAGAGUUUUCAUCUGUAAACAAAGAGAAGUUGUGACAGCAAACAGAGAUCCAAACACAACAGAGUGAAAGUUUUUGGGAGAUAAGUGCUGUUGCUUUCUGCCCAUUAGUUUACGUGCAGGUUCUGAACAUGAAACCAUAACUUUCCAUUUAAAGAAAUAACAGCACAUACUGUACGCUACGAUGGAGCUUUAACAGAUUUUGUUGAGGCCGACCUCUCUAAUGAACUGUCUAUCCUUACGUGUCUGCCUGCACCCUUGCCAUAUCAAGUGGCAUAUAGCAGGGCUCGGGUAAAAGAUUGUGAAUAUUAUUGACAAAUUAUGUGAAAUGACUAAGCAGCAUAAAGAUGAUAUAUGCCAGACAUAUUCUAAUGCAAAAACAAGUCCACAACUGUCCCUUAAUGGCUGUUCACUGUGUCUGUGAUACAUAUGUUUGUCUCAUGCGAACCAAAAGAGCACUUUGCAAGACUGUAGCCGUCCUUACACACAGGCAACAUGCAUAGACACCGGUUGUUAAAUUACCACCACAUAUUAUUUAAAGCUGUCCUCAGAGUGAGACUUAAAUGAUGCAAAGAGUCAAUUACUAAGAAGUCUUUCAAAUUAACGUACACCAUCCUUAAGUGGUUUUACACCUAAUUCCCUCGCUCACAGCUUGUGGCCCUGUGAAAUGAAAAGGGUGUAAACACCGUAUAUUGUUUUUUUUGUUCAAUGACAAAAUGUAACUUGUGAUGGAAAAUAUGGAAU